AUGCCUAUGCGUAUACCACAACCAAUACAGAUUUGGUUCAAUUCAUUGCAUAAUUAUCGUAAAACGAUCCUAUCUCAAAAUGAUUUCACUCUGUUACCAGAUAAAUCAGAUGAAAACUUCAUUGAUAAUAAUAAUCCAUUAUUGAUUGGUGGCAUUGAAAAUUUAUUACUUGAAAUGAUACCGAAAAAUUCUAAACCGAUCAUUAAAGAUGGUGCCAUUGAAGUUGCUCAAUGGAUCUGUGAAAAUUUAAUCAUGUUAUAUGAUGUUAAUGAUGAAGAUUGUUAUCAUCAACAUGAUUCAACGAAUCGAUUAGAGAUGCAUAGAAAAAAUCUAUUGAUUGAUUUGCAAUUAGUUACAAUAGAAUUAUUGCCAACAAUAUUGUAUGUAUAUUUUUGUCUAUUUGUUUUUCUUGGAUCAACAAAAUAUCCUCAAAGUAAAUUAAAGUCAUCAUCAUCAAGUAAUAAAUCGGAAAUCAAAUUAAUUAAACUAUUGAAUUUUGAUAAAUUUCAUCCUUUAUUAAAACAAGAUGAAGAUAUUCAUCAGAUGAUUCAUACUGAAUCAGAUAAUUUAAUGAAUAUCACUAAGAAGCGUACAAGUACAAUAAAAUUACAAACUAUCAAUCAAUCAUCCCCCAAUGAGCAAUCACCUAAAGUAGAACAUAAAGUCAAAUUUUCCAAUGUUCAUAAAUUAAUAAAACAAAGAACAAAAAAAGAAAAUGAUAACAUUUCACCACAUCAAAAAAUGAAAAAACACACACUGGAAUUUCAGACAAAUGAACAAAUUGAUUUAAUGAAUAUUUUUGAAGUGUAUUUAUUAACUAUGUAUCAAAUUUGUCGAAAGAAAUUAUUACAAUUGUCAAAUGAAGAAAAACUUCGAGUUAAUUUUGAAACUAUUGCAUUAACUAGUUCAAGUGUAUAUUGUAAUGCAUUAUUUAGUAAGAAUGAAAUAAACAAAGUGGAAUAUUUGCCAAAUUAUUUAAAUGUCAUUAAGUCUAAUGAUCAAAGUGAUGUACAAAAACAAUCACAUGAACAAUAUUCCUUCAAAAAAAUAAAUGAAUGUACAUUUAAUUCUGGCAAUCGUAUGCACAUAUUGACUGCAUUGAUGAAAGAAUACAGUGCAUACUCUUCAUCAUGUGUAUCAAAACAAUCAAGAAUAUCAUUAUGCAAAUUGGCUUGUUUGUUUAAUCCUUUCACUAAUCAUGAUUUAGAGAAUAUGCCUGUACAAUUUGAAGAAUCUGAUUUAAUGGAUGAUGAUGAACAUAGUUGUGAUAAAAGUUCCAUGAAAUUAGAAGUAAUAAGCGAAAAUGAAAGACAAAACAAUGCAAUUUCCGAGGGAUUCACAUCACAGUCGAUCUCAUCAAAAACACUUGACAGAAUGGAAGAGAAUUCCCCAAAAGGAAUGCACAAUUCUGAUACGAAAUCAAGAACUAACAAACGAUUGAAAUUCCAUAGAGUUACAGGACUGAGUCCAAACUUUGUUAUGGAAAUUCUGUUUUCGCUGUAUCCUGUUCUGUUUACUGAACAUUCAGAUUUAGCUUGCGAAGGAGUAAGGUCUCUCAAAGCUAGAGCGGAGUAUGAAAUAUGGUCGAAUGUCUUGCUACUGAUUAGUUCAAUAGAAAAAGAUUAUACUCGAUCAAAGUCAUCUGACUUAAAAUCGCUUAAAUUUGACAACCGAAUGAUCAAUCAACACGUUUUAAAUAACAACAAUAUCAACCAGUGUUCAGUUGAAGAACAUAAAUUAGACUCCGAACAAUUAAGUUUGGCUAGUGCUUAUUGUGGCUUAUGGUCUGGAUUGUUGGGGAAACGAUCAGAUGUACAACAAGAUGAAAUACUUCCAGAACUCGGUGAUAUUCAAGAUUUAUCAGGCAAGCGUUUACAAUAUGUUCGGUUGGCGCAAGCCAAAUUCAAAAGACCAGUUGUAACAAAUUCAAAUUUUAAAACUGUUAAAUUACCAGACGAUAUAACACCAAUAUCCCCACAUGAUGUAACUUUAUCAAAGCAAAAUGAAAACAAAGACUGCCCAUCAACAACUGGAAAUGCGUAUCUAGAAAACAAGUGGAAAGGUUCUUUGGAUGAUUUAUCAAGACUUGACGAACCAGUUGCGCCAUCAUUUUCUUUUACUCGUGAAUGGUUUAGGAAGACACUUUGGAAAGAAAAACAGGCUGAAAAAUCUUAGGUUUCGUUUUUUUUAACAUUUCAGAUCACUUUGUUUUAAAUUUGAAAAUUUUUCAUUUAUGCAUUACUUAUAACUAUUGGAUAUUUAAUUUUGAACAGAGCAUUUGUUCCUUGCAUUUCCUAUGUGA